AUGGCUACCACGUCUGGAUCUGCGAACCCUCUGGGUGAGCAGACUGCCCCUGUUACGCAAACGCCUCCUCCCGUUUCCGAUUCUACCAAAUCGGCCGUUCAAGACGCUGCCAAAAAUGGUCAAUCCGAGCCCGGCAAGGAUACCUCGGCCGCUCCGCCCGUGGAGGGAAAAGUAAAGACCGAGAAGGAGUUGGAGAGAGAAAGGAAAAAAGCAGAAAAGGCCAAAAAGUUUGCGGAGAAGCAGGCCAAAGCAGCUACCGCUAAGCCCGCGCAACCCAAGGCCGAGAAGAAGGAAAAGGUUGUCGACAAGACCACAGACGCAUACGAUCCAAAGACAAUUGAGCAGGGUCGCUAUGACUGGUGGGAGAAGAAGGGCUAUUUCAAGCCCCAUUUCGAUGAGAAUGGGAACAUCAAGGCAGACGGUGUUUUCACAAUGACUUGCCCUCCUCCCAAUGUGACCGGUGCUCUGCACAUGGGCCACGCUCUCAUGGUCGCUCUUCAAGACACUAUGACCCGGUACUACAGAAUGAAGGGCAAGACGACUCUGUGGCUGCCCGGAACAGAUCACGCCGGUAUCUCGACUCAGAGCGUCGUCGAAAAGAUGUUGUAUAAGGAGAAAAAGCAGACUCGGCACGACCUCGGUCGCGAAGCAUUCGUUGAUCUCACAAAGGAGUGGAAGGACAGGUACCAAGGGUCUAUUCUGACAUCGUUGAAGGCCAUGGCCGCUUCCCUGGAUUGGUCUCGUGAGGCGUACACAAUGAACGACAACUUCUCAGCCGCAGUGACCGAGACUUUCUGUCGUCUGCACGACGAAGGUACCAUCUACCGUGCCAACCGACUGGUGAACUGGUGUUGCACUUUGAAUACGUCUCUGUCGAAUCUGGAAGUCACAAACACCGAAAUCCAAGUCCGAACCCUGCUUGACGUUCCCGGCUACGAGAAGAAGGUCGAGUUCGGUGUCAUCACACACUUUUACUACGAAGUCGAGGGUACUGGCGAGCGUAUCGAAAUCGCAACAACCCGACCCGAGACCAUGCUUGGUGAUACGGGUAUUGCCGUACACCCUGAUGAUAAAAGAUAUCAGCACUUGGUCGGCAAAAAGGCAAAGCAUCCGUUCGUCGACCGUCUUAUGCCGAUUGUUGCCGAUACCUCUGUUGCCAUGGAUUUUGGAACUGGUGCUGUCAAGCUGACUCCUGCCCACGACUUUAACGAUUAUGCUCGCGGGAAGGCACACGGUCUUGAAUUCGUCUCGAUCUUGAACGACAACGGAACUCUCAAGGACAAUUGCGGUGCCUUUUCUGGUCUCAAACGGUUUGACGCUAGAUAUGCUGUCAUUGAAAAGCUCAAGGAGCAAGGGCUAUACGUCAAGUGGGAAAACAACCCUAUGGUCAUUCCUCGCUGUGAGAAGAGUAAAGACAUUAUUGAGCCGGUGCUCAAGCCGCAGUGGUGGAUGAAGAUGGACGAUCUCGCCCAAGCCGCCAUCAAGGCUGUCGAAGACAAGGAAAUUGUAAUCAGCCCAGCCUCUGCGGAGAAGAACUUUUUCCAUUGGAUGAGGAAUAUCCAGGACUGGUGUCUUUCCCGUCAAUUGUGGUGGGGACAUCAAGCGCCUGCCUGGGUUGUAGAGAUCGAAGGACAAGUCGCAGACGAGGCAGACAACAAUUCGUGGGUCACAGGACGCUCCGAGGAAGAAGCCCGUGCAAAGGCGGCCGCCAAAUUCCCAGGCCAGAAAUUCACUCUCCGAAGAGACGAAGAUGUUUUGGAUACCUGGUUUUCUUCUGGCUUGUGGCCCUUUGCUACCCUGGGCUGGCCCAACGCCGAGCACCCUGACUUUACCAAACUUUUCCCUACGAGCGUUUUGGAGACUGGUUGGGAUAUUCUCUUUUUCUGGGUCGCGAGAAUGAUCAUGCUCAGUCUGAAGCUGACUGGCAAGGUCCCAUUCAAGGAGGUCUACUGCCACUCUCUCAUCCGAGAUAGCGAGGGUCGCAAGAUGAGCAAGUCGCUAGGCAAUGUCGUCGAUCCCCUUGACGUCCAACGGGGUAUUACUCUUGAUGAAUUGUAUGAAAAACUGAAGGCCGGUAACCUGGCCGAGAAGGAAAUCGGAAUCGCGAGCAAGUACCAAAAGAAGGCCUUCCCCAAGGGUAUCCCCGAAUGUGGUGCCGAUGCGUUGCGCAUGGCUCUUGUAUCUUACACUACAGGUGGUGGAGAUAUCGCGUUUGAUAUCAACGUUAUCUUUGGAUACCGCCGUUUCUGCAAUAAAAUCUACCAAGCCACGAAAUUCGUUCUUGGAAAGCUCGGUCCGGAUUUCAAGCCGUCGGCAUCACCGAGCAAGACCGGCCAUGAGUCUCUCUCGGAGCGUUGGAUUUUGCACAAGUUCAACUCUGCAGCCAAGGAUAUCAACAAAGCCAUUGAAACACGUGAUUUCUCCGUCUCCGCUUCGACUGCGUACCAAUACAUCUACUCUCAGCUUUGUGAUGUCUUUAUCGAGAACUCCAAGUCGCUGUUGCAGGAUGAUGCCCCCGCAGAGGUGCAAGAGUCUGCCAAACAGACCCUGUACACUGCGCUGGAGGGAGGACUCCUUCUCAUCCACCCGAUUAUGCCUUAUAUCACCGAGGAUCUCUGGCAACGCCUGCCUCGUCGCCAAGGUGACAAGACCGAGUCGAUCAUGAUCGCCCGCUUCCCCGAACCCCGGACAGCCUUUGAUGACGAGUCGGCCGAGAAAGCCUACGAAUUGGUACUCGACACUUCCAAGGCCAUCCGCUCCAUACUCGCCCAGUACGACGUCAAGGAAAAAUCCGACUUGAUCCUCGCCGCCUACAACGACAAAUCCUACAAGACCAUCACCGACGAGGUCGUCGCCAUCAAGUCUCUGGGCGGCAAAUGGGCCGGCGAGAUCUCCCUCCUCGGCCCCGAGGACAAGACUCGUCCGGCUGGAUGCGUCGCAACCCCUGUCGGCGCCGACGUUGCCGUCUACCUCAAGGUGUCGAAGCAGGUCGCCCUCGAACAGGAAGAAAAAGCCAAGGCCAAUCUGCAAAAGGCGCAGGAUUUGGUGUCGCGCGUGCAAAAGAACAUGAGCGCGCCUGGAUGGCAAGAAAAGGUUAAGCCCGAGGUCCGUGAGCAAGAAGAAAAGAGGCUGCGCGAUGCUGAGGGAGAGGCUCAAUUGAUCGAGGAGCAGAUUCGUGAGUUGGAAAAAUUGCGCUUGAAUGCUUAG